GAAAAAACGAACGGGCCGCCGGCUCGGACCCGGAGGCUGCAGCGGCACCGGGAUCUGGGAAUCUGCACGGCCUGGAGCCUCCAGCGACUGGCCCCACCACCAUCUGCGCGCGCGCGCGAGGGACCGGCCGGCGAACAGAGGCGCCACUGAGCUCUGAGCGGGUGCGGCCGGCAUGGCGACGGCGCUGGCGCGGCGGGGCGCCGCGGCCCUGGCGCGGUGGCGCGGGAUGUGCUCGAGCUCGGCGUCGGCGCCGCGGAGCGCCGCGGCGCUGUCCUCAGAGGAGCUCAUGCGGAUGGAACAAGACUGCAGCGCGCAUAAUUACCAUCCAAUCCCCAUGGUGUUUUCCAAAGGAGAAGGUUCACACAUAGUGGACCCCGAAGGCAACAAAUACAUUGAUUUUCUCUCUGCUUAUUCUGCAGUCAAUCAGGGUCAUUGCCAUCCAAAAGUCCUGAGAGCUUUGAUAGAACAGGCAGAAAGGCUUACGCUCAGUUCUAGAGCUUUCUACAAUGAUAAGUUCCCAAUCUUUGCGGAAUAUCUGACAAGCAUGUUUGGAUAUGACAUGAUGUUGCCGAUGAAUACUGGUGCUGAAGGAGUUGAAACUGCUAUCAAGCUGGCUAGGAAAUGGGGUUAUGAGAAGAAACAUAUACCAAAGAAUGAGGCUUUGCUUGUCUCUUGCUGUGGGUGUUUCCAUGGUCGAACUCUUGGUGUCAUUUCCAUGAGCUGUGACAACGAUGCAACUCGUGGUUUUGGUCCUUUGGUUCCUGGCCAUCUUAAAGUUGAUUUUGGAGAUAUUGAUGGGUUAAAGAAAAUCUUCGAAGAGCUUGGAGAUCGGAUUUGUGGUUUUUUAUUUGAACCUAUCCAAGGUGAAGCUGGGGUAGUAAUCCCACCAGAUGGCUAUUUGAAAGGUGCCAGAGACUUGUGUUCUAAACACAACGUUUUGAUGAUUGCUGAUGAGAUCCAAACUGGCAUAGCUAGAACUGGUAAAAUGCUGGCAUGUGACUGGGAAAACAUACGGCCUGACAUGGUGAUUCUAGGCAAAGCACUCGGUGCUGGAGUUGUUCCAGUCAGUGCAGUUCUUGCAGACAAGGAUGUCAUGCUGUGUAUCAGACCAGGGGAACAUGGAAGUACAUUCGGUGGGAAUCCGUUAGCUAGCGCUGUGGCAGUUGCAUCACUGAAAGUGGUCAGAGACGAAGGUCUUGUUGAAAGGGCUGCAAAGUUAGGACAGGAGUUUAGGGACCAGUUACAGAAGGUCCAGCAGAAAUUCCCUCAAAUCCUAAGAGAAGUGCGCGGGAGGGGUUUGCUGAACGCAGUGGAUCUAAACAACGACGCGCUAUCUCCUGCUUCUGCAUAUGACAUCUGCAUCAAGUUGAAGGAGAGAGGCAUUUUAGCGAAACCCACACAUGACACUAUAAUCCGACUUGCUCCUCCCCUCACAAUCAGUCCUGAGGAGCUUGCAGAAGCAUCCAAGGCGCUUAGUGACGUGCUGGAGCAUGACUUGCCACAGCUGCAGCUGCAGAAGCAGAUAAAAAAGCCAGAAUCUGAGGCAGAGAAGCCAGUCUGUGACAGAUGCGGCCGGGACUUGUACGGAUGAAUGAAGCCUCCGAACAGAGAUAACUUCAUUUUCGUAGGCACCCAUCUCGCCCCAGAAGAAAUAAUAACAGAGCAGAGGAUGCCAGCUGCCUAGCUACUUGGGUUACCGUAAUGUUAUGCGACUUGUUGCAUCGUAUACCAAGUAUAUGAGCUAUUGCAACCUUGGUGAAUAUGUCAAAUAAAUGGCAGCAUUCACAUGCUCAAAUAUGGGCAGCAUUCACAUGCACUGUGACUUCUUUGCAACGUUUUAUCAAGUAUCCGAAAGUUCCAACAGGAAGUUGGUCAACAAUCGAU